AUUCCUGAAAGCGGUGGAUCGCAACCUCCAAAUCAUCAAUGGCGGGCUUUUCAUCCCCACUUCCAAACCCCAAACCCUAGCAAAAUCCUCGACGCAGAUGGCGCCACCGUCGGUGCCGAAGAAGCGCAAGGUGCAUCUCCCGGCGAACGAGGAGCUCGCGCGCAAGAUCCUCGAGAAGCGCAGCUCGUUGGCGGCGGAGCAGCCGGGCGGCGGUCUCUCGGAGCACCAGGGGAUCGCGCUCUCCGCCGCCUACCGCGGCGUCUGCCUCGCCAAGGAGCCCUUCCGAACCCCCGAUGACCUGUCCCGUAUCAAGGGCGUUGGAGAUUGGGUCGUUCAUGUCAUGGAAGACUCCUUUCCAGUGCCCACCAUAGAUUUGUCUCCUCCAGAAAGUAAUACACCAGGAGAAACGGGGAAGAAAAGAAAAAGAACAAAACCUUAUGUGCCGCGGAUUAAUUCAGCUGCUUACGCAAUAGUGAUCACUCUCCACAGGGCAUUGGACAAAGGGAAGGAUUUUAUGAUGAGGCAAGAGCUUAUUGAUGCCGCUGAAGCCAGUGGUCUGUCACGAGAUGCAAUAGGCCCAAACAACUACAAAUCAAAACAGGUAAAUUCCUGCAAGGAAUGGUACAAUGGAUGGAGCUGCAUGACGACGUUAAUAUCUAAUGAAGUGGUUACAAAGUGGAGUAACCCUGCAAAGUAUAAGCUAACCGAAAAUGGUAAAAAGACUGCUCUUGUAUGUCUUAAACAAUCUGGAUUAGAUGAUCCUGCAGGUCCAUCGACCCAUCAUUCUGAAAGUGUUGUUCUUAGCGAUUCAGAUUCUGAUGAACAAUGUGAAGGGAACAAUCCUCUGAUAGGUUCUGAAAAUUUUGCUCAAAGGAACGGACUUCCAAAAAUGAAAGCAGGCAGUUCCAGUUCCUUUGGUAUCAGCAAGGGGCCUUCUGCUAAUUCUCCUCUUCCUUCUUGUGGAAUCUUUGGAGAGCAAUCAUUUAGUGCAACGCAGGGUUCUGCUGAAAACUCUCAACUACCUAUGCCACCUCGUCUUUCCAGCGAAAAUUUUCUGGAAGCUUACAAAGUAGUGCUGAUAUUGGAUGAUCGAGAAACUCUUGGGAAGCGUUCCACAAGAAAAUUUGUUCAUAACAUACACUCCCAGUUUAAAAUACCUGUAGAGAUGAAACGCUUGCCGGUUGGAGAUGCUAUUUGGAUUGCUCGCCAUAAAGUACUUGACACAGAGUAUGUUCUUGAUUUCAUUGUUGAAAGGAAAAAUGUGGAUGAUUUAGUUGACUCAAUCAGAGACAACAGAUACAAAGAUCAAAAGCUAAGGAUGCAGAAAUGUGGCCUGAGGAAGCUAAUAUAUCUGGUUGAAGGUGAUCCAAACACCGCGGAUUCAGUUGAGAGCGUUAAAACAGCGUGCUUUACCACUGAGAUUCUUGAAAGAUUUGAUGUUCAGAGGACCACUGGGUAUCCUGAUACUGAAAGGAGAUAUGGCCGUCUCACGCUCUCGAUAAUUGAUUACUACAGCACAAACUUCUCUACUGCUGCUGAUACUUCUCGUGUUUGCAUGACGUAUGAUGAGUUUGUGAAAAGGUGUUCUGAUCUUGAGAAGGUCACCGUGAGCGAUAUAUUCGCCCUUCAACUUAUGCAGGUGCCACAAGCAACAGAAGAAGCUGUUCUUGCUGUUACAAGCCUCUACCCCACUCUUCUCUCACUUGCUCAGGCAUACGCCAUGCUUGAUGGCGAUAGGCGUGCCCAAGAGGACAUGCUGAUGAACAAGAGCAGCAACUUGGUUAAAGCGGGUGCUAGCAAAGCCAUCUUCAAGUCUGUCUGGGCUGAAGGAUGAGCUCUCCUCUCACCUACCUCCCUCAUGGCUUAACCGGUGUUUUGGUCACCGUCUUGAUGAUUUUGGGCCACCACCACAAGACUUUCAUGUUCGGAAGGCAAAAAUCUGAGGGAUCCUUUUUGUGUCUCUGGGGCCUUACGAAACUAAGAGUUUCAGAGCAUGUAACCACUUAACGAAGUUUGUUAGCAUAGGCUUACCUCCCACUAAUAUUACCUCUAUGCUGUAGAAUUCCAUGCUGGACAAUAUUUAAUCAUCUUGUAAUGUAGGUGCACUACUGCUUCAUAUGUCUUAUCGGCUCUUAGCUUGUUUGGAUCCUU